UCGUACAUACUACGAGUGCUUUAAUUUGCAACAUAGCAUUUAUAACAAUUAAAUAAUAUGGGUGUGUCUACAAUAAAAAUUCAAAAAGCUCAAUUACUUGUUGAAGAAGCGAUUUGAAAAAAUAAUUCCGCCAUAGCCUGAAAAUUAUACCAUUGAGAGAAAUCGUUCACUGAAGUGAAAGUGAAAUGUUUCUUGUCGAUUGUACAAAAUAGAUCAAAGCAAAAAAUCUCAGCAAAAGCGUCGAACCAAUUUUCUCCAAUCAGUUCGGUUGGAUCCCCAAUAGAACCCGUCGGAGGCGAUGACUACUCGGAUUUGCCAAUCCGAAAACGACAUAAUGAUCGACAACGACGACGAGGAUGACUACGAAGGAUACUUUUUGCGGCCUGCCAACGAAUACAACAUCAAGGAGAAAAUAAAGCAAGCCAACCAGGAGUCGUUUGCCAUACCGACACCUCCGUCGCCGAAAUUCGGUUGUGGUGAAAGGAGGGUUACUUUUCGGGAUCAAUUGGUCGACUACGAGCCGGAUGAGUGCAGUGAUGCUGAGGAAGAGCAUGGGUAUUGUAUUGCUAAUGGUAUUGUGAGCGAGGAACCGGAAACUUCACCAGAGUUGAAUGAUUGUGUGGAGAGUAAAAACCCUACCGAUGAUAUGGACGAGGUAGACGAAGAUAUCAUCGAGGAACUGAGCAUAAAUGAACCCACGGAGGAUGAAAUUGAGUCUCGAAUAGAAACCGCAGUUGUCAACGAAGAACAAGCAGAGGAAGAACAAGAUGAAUACGAGGAACUCGAAGAAGAAGUGACGGAAUCCAGUUUCGAUACGGAAGUGGCGAAUCCGGAAACUACGAGUGAAGACAGCAGUAGUCCGACAAAGGCUCGUGCCAGUGAAGAGGGAUCGGGAUCCGGCGAUGGUCAGAGUGAGGUAAAUUAUUCCGAGGAUUCUCAAAAUGAGGAGGAUAAUUCAGAGGAACGGGAAAUUUUGAAAGAGCGAUUGAUGAGAGAAUCGCUUUCGUAUGAUUUAGAAUCUGAAGCAAACGAAGAUAACACUGAAACACAAUAUAACAAGCAAUCGCGGGAACGUGACAGUCCUGUUCAGGCUCACUUUCGGAACAAGUCGGCCAAGUGCCAACGAAAAUGCUGCCGUUUUAAGAAGAAAUUGGACGACAAGUUACCGUACUAUAACGGAUUUCAUUCGGAGUAUGGAUUGUCCAAAGAAGAACUGGAUGCAAAAAACAAAAGAGUGGAAGCGAAAAGAAAGCGAUUCUAUGAACGGUACCAGAAGAAGGUAGAACAGCAGCAAAUCAAAGCACAGACCAAUGAGGAGGCAUUUGCCGCGUGGUUAAAUAAGAAACUGAAAAAUUCAAUCAACAAAUACCAAAACAUGUAUGACUUCAAAGGUAAGAAACAUAAAAAACGACUCUCGAAGGAUGGUGAUGGCGUUGGCGUAUUAGUGAGUUAAAAUAUGAACUGCAUCAGCAUUGAUAAGAUAUGGGGGAAUGGAGUCUGAUUAUUGUAACCCAUUAA